ACAAAUUUGAAAAUUAUGGUCACGACACGCCGAGGAAACGGGGUGGAUGUGGAUCCAGCUACCGCCUUGGAGGCGGCCAAGUCCCCGAGAGCUGUGAAGUCGCCUAAAGCAGCCAAGUCACCAAAGUCGGCGACAUCUCCGCACGGGGAGAAGCAGCAGCGCAAGCAAAACCCGAGCGACCUUGUCCUCAAGCAUGUUCUGGUGCUGUUUCGACACGGCGACCGCAGCCCCAUUACCACCCAAGUGGGUCAACAUUUGGUGAUGGAUGCGGCGGAGAAGGAAUUGUGGGCGUCCAAGCUUCCAUCCGACGAACACAUUGAAAAAUUGAGCAAAGGCGCCAAAGUCACAGGUAUGGAGCCGCACCUGCCGCCCCCCAAAGCCCCGCGAGAUGGCGGGACCUUCCCCAACGGCCAGUUAACCGUUCGAGGGUUGCAGCAAAUGGAAGCCAAGGGUGAAGGCCUUCGUGCUCAUUACUCUGACUUCUUGGCAGACAUCCACGAGAAGGACGUGUACAUUCGGUCGACGAACGUCCGCCGCACAAUUCGGUCGUGCCUCGCGCUCCUUCACGGGUGUUUUCCGGAACUCGUUGGUAACGACAGGUUGCACAUCCGCAUCAACACGGACGUGACCCUGGAGCCGUCGUUCACGCAAGCCGACUACGGUCGGCUCUUGGCGCGGUACAAGGACCCGUCGCACGUGGCCACCGCGACCCUGCCGCCGCUCCCCGACACGAUCGGAUGCACGCAAUCGUUGGACAAGGACAUUCGAAAAGUAAUUGGCAUCCACGACGACCAGCCCAUCUGCUACACGUCGCUGCGCGAAGUGCUAGUGUGCCGACAUGCGCACGACGUGCCGUUUCCUAGCGGCAUGGAUCGAGCCAUGUACAACAAGCUGGUGGACUACAACACGUGGGAGUUUCACGCGUUGUUUGGCGAUGCCGCCGAUUGCUACGACGGGUUUCAAAAGGGCGUGGCCGAAAUCUUCCAUUUGCUGCACGCGGUGACCCAAGGCCAGCAUGCACCCCGCGCGAGCUUGAUGGCCGUGCACGACAGCACCCUCAUCGCGUUGUGGAAUGCCAUGCAGCUGGAUGUGGGCAUCGUGUUUCCGACGUAUGCGGCGCUGACCGCGAUUGAAUUGUACCAGCACAACACAACCAAGGAAUGGGUCGUGGAAGUCCAAGUGGAUCACUCGCCAGUGCAUUUCCGCAACCACAAACAUGCGAUUCGCGCGCCGUUUGCGCACGUGGAAGCGAUUGUACAUGCGUUCUUGAAGAAGGAGAAGGCUACGAAGAAGCGCUCGGUAGAGGAAGACGGCGACGUGGAGAAGGAAGGAGCGGAGGGGGCGGCUGUGAAGAAGGCCAAGGUCGCUGACCAAGGGUCGCAGAACGAAUAAGUAGCGACGUUAAUACAAUACUAUAUGAUGCGAAAGGAUA